AUGAAGACCCCUCUCUACCUUCUUCUGCUGGCUGCAGGCAUCUCUGCCACUUCCCAGCUGAGCAACAUAGCUGAAUUACUGGCAUCCUUAAAGCAAAUGCAUCAGCUGGCAGCAGAACACAUCCCAAAUCUGAGGAUGGAAACUCCAGACAAUAUAAAUGAUGCAAAUUGUGUCAGCACGAUCUUUGAAGGAACAGAGCAGCUGAAAACUAACCCAGCUAUGAAAAAAUUCAGUGUUUUCUUCCAAAAAUUGGAAGGCCUGAAGCAAUCCUUCACACCACGCCAGCCAAAAGGGGGGCAGUGUGAGACAGAAAGAAAGACUGCAACAAUAUUUAUAGAAAAGCUGAUGACCUUCAUCCGAAAAGCACUGAAAAACACAAAAGCAGAGAGUUAG